UUACACCAACUUCUCUGGCGCUACUAUCAAGCACAUCUCGCCAGACUGGAGUGUAACGGCAAAGUUCCAAGUCCCUGACAACAUCAGCCAAUCAAUAUUUCCGGCGACGUAUGUCAAAGGAAGACAGUAGGCUAUUAACAUGGGUGAUUCUAAACAGUCUCACACACCAGCCACAAUAAAGGCAGAGUUUCAGGAAAUCCUUGUAUCCCCAGCAACAGGCCAGGGUAUCACAGAGCUGAAGAUAAAGACAGAACUGGUCAAAAGUGAAAAGGAAGAAGGUUGGCUUACGCAGCACUCUGCAUCUUCAGUGAAGAUGGAGGACAAAUCCACAUCCUCGGUAAAGAUUGAGGACAAAUUGAUAAACGUCAAGUGUGAGGCUUUGAAAAAUGAGUCGGACAGCUUUAAGAGUUACCAGUCUCCUACUGUGACUGCCAUGAAUCAGUUUGUUCAGACAAACAGUCAUGGCGUGAAACCAAAUGUGGGUCACAUCAAAGAGGAUUCUGAUCAGGAUCCCAGCCUAGAUGAAGAAUGUAUGGUCUUUGCGCAAGAACCGUCAUCCAGAACAGGGGGUAAAUCAAAGGCACAGAAAGCAUUUGAAUGUGAAUAUUGUGGACUCCUCUUUAGCCGAAAAGAUAACUUCACUGUUCACAUGUACAUCCACACGGGUAAGAACCCAUACAUUUGCUCGGUGUGUCAGAAGACCUUCUCACGGGCUGAUGGUCUAGCUGUGCACAUGCGCUUUCACACAGGAGAGAGGCCAUUCAAAUGUGAUGAAUGUGGCAAAGGCUUUGCCACUGCAGGACACCGCCGAGAGCAUCAGUUCAUUCAUGCAGGGACCAAACCUUAUGCUUGUGAACACUGUGAUAAGAGCUUUGGACAUGGCAAUGAUCUUGUCAGACACAUGAGGAACCACACAGGGGAGAGGCCACAUCCCUGUCCAAAAUGUGACAUGACCUUCCUGCGUCGUGAGACUCUACAGAAGCAUAUUUCACGAAAACAUGAACGGAAAACUCUGCCCCCUUGUCCUGGCUGCGGAAAGGUCUUCAAAUCUGAAAGACCUUUAGUAAAGCAUGUCACUACCUGUAAUAAGAAACGUGCAAGACCAUAGGCAGGUAGGUAGCCUAUAUUGGAGGAAGUUAUGGCUUGGUGAUUAGGUUGAUUUUAUACGAUGUGUAGUGAUGUCCUUUUUUUAAUUUUGUGACCCUCCAUGUCACUAUUGUAAAUGAUCAUUACUGCCUAACAUAAUACAGCUGUGAGUUUUCUACAUUUAAUUUGAUGUUCAUACAGUAGGUCAACACUUUCAAGAAAGUAAAUGCUUAUAUGGGACUGAUGAUUCCAUAUGUAGGCCUAUUAUUAGAUGUAGGCCUACAUGACCUAUGGCCUACCAAUUACCUAAUUUAAACAUCAUUGCUAGUUUCAUGUAACGGAAUUACG